CCGGCGGCACGGGCCGCCGCGGGAGCAGCAGGCGCCGGCCUCGGAUGCCUGCGCUACGCCAUCCCGGUGCUGCCGCGGCCUGGACUCCGCGGGGAACGCGGGCGAGGAGGAGGCGGCGGGCCGAUCGGCGGGCAGCGGCGGCCGCUGCUUUUGUGUCCCAGUAACUAAGGUGCUGACAAGUUUUGACUUCUUCAUCCUCAUAAACAUGAGUGAAGUUCAGGCUAUGGUAGAAUUCUCCGUGGAGCUCCACAAAUUCUUCAAUGUGGAUUUGUUUCAAAGAGGCUUUUACCAGAUUCGUGCAUCCAUGAAAAUCCCUCCAAGAAUUCCACACAAAUUAGAAGCUAGCUUGUUACAUGCAACUGGUGCAGAUCUUGCCUUUCCUGCUUCAAUACAUGACAAUAUAGUUUGCAGUAAAACAUUUCAGAUUCUUUACAAAAAUGAGGAAGUUUCUGUGAAUGACGUGAUGAUUUUCAAAAUAAAAAUGCUGUUAGAUGAGAGGAAGAUUGAGGAGUCUCUUAAUGAAAUGAAUUUUCUGCUAACAUUAGAUCUACAUUUCACGGAUACAGACUAUUCACCCGAUGACCUGAGCACACUACAGCCAAUUAGUAGCCGAACUUUAAAGUUGCACUUUAACUUACACCGGGGCCUUCAUCAUUACGUCAAUGUUAUGUUUGAUUACUUCCACCUUUCUGUCAUAUCAGUUAUAGUCCAUGCUUCUUUGGUUGCUCUGCAUCAGCCAUUGAUAAGUUUUCCUCGCCCAGUGAAGAAUACAUGGUUGAACAGGAAUGCACCAGCACAAAACAGGGACUCUGUGAUUCCUUCUCUUGAAAGUGUGGUCUUUGGCAAUAACUACACAAAGCAGUUAUCAGCAGAUGGUUGCAGUUUUGUUGUUUCAGAGUCUUUCCUCAGCCAUGCCUAUAAUUUCCACUACACUCUCUGUGCCAGUUUGCUGCUUGCUUUCAAAGGGUUACAUAGCUAUUUCAUUAUGAUAACAAAGGAGCUCCCCUCUUCUCACCGAAUCGAACUGGCCAAGGCCAGCAUGCAGGUCCUUUAUGAACGCCUUCUCAGAAGAAAAUAUCCACGAACCCAGAGAGACGCCUACCUAGAAAACAUAGAUGUAGAAGUUCGUCUUGCAGAAUUGUGUGAAGAAGUAAAGAAAAUGGAAAAUCCUGAUGAACUGGCAGAACUUAUAAAUAUGAAUCUUGCUCAGCUUUGCUCACUUCUUAUGGCUCUCUGGGGGCAAUUUCUGGAGGUCAUUACCUUACAAGAGGAGGUCACAGCAUUGCUAGCACAAGAGCAUCACACGUUAAGAGUGCGCAGAUUUGCAGAAGCAUUCUUUUGUCUUGAGCAUCCUAGGCAAGCUGCCCUUGCCUAUCAAGAACUACAUGCUCAAAGUCAUCUACAGAUGUGUGCAGCUAUCAAAAACACUUCCUUCUGCAGUUCUCUUCCACCCCUCCCUAUUGAAUGCAGUGAACUAGAUGGAGAUAUGAACUCCUUGCCUAUAAUCUUUGAAGAUCGAUAUUUAGAUUCGAUUACUGAAGAUCUGGAUGUACCCUGGUUGGUAGUUCAGAGUCUUCCAAGGUCAGAGUCCAAUAAACUGGAUAAAUUUGAAGCUGAAGAAGGUUUUGUAGCUGGUUUUACUAGCCCGGAACUGAAAAUAAGACCUGCAGGUGCCUCCAACCUUUGGCAUUCAGAAAGUGAAAAGAUGCUAACAAAAACUUUGAAAGGGAAAAAUGAAGAUGCAAAUAAAUCCAAAGUUAAGGUUACUAAGCUCAUGAAAACGAUGAAACCUGAAAACACAAAAAAAGUCGUAAAACAGAACUCUAAGGACUCUGUGGUCUUAGUAGGCUACAAAUGUUUGAAAAGUGCACCACUGGAAGAUGCCUCUAGAAGCUCAGAAGGCAGGCCUUCAUACAAUGCUAACGAAGGGCUGGACCCUACAUUAGGUGGAUUCCCUUGUGAUACAAAGACCUGCACCAGGCAAAUAAGUCAAAGAGAACUUCUAUUUUUGCCAUCUGGAACUGAGGAAAAGACUGCCAGGAUUGAAGGUGUCCAGCCAGGUCCGGGUAGCCCCGUGCACUGUGAAAAUGCAGCUAUUUUUGGUGGACUUACUAUCUCCCAGACGGGUUCUGGAACUGUACACGCAGAUAGUGGUCUACAGCCCAGAGGUACACUUGAAGGUUGUCAUGGCGGUCAACCAGCUUCCUCAGGAGUCAGGACAAUUGAGGUCAAACCAAGUAAUAAGAAUCCCUAUGAAGGGGAGAAAGUAACUGUUCACAUUGGAUCAUGGGCUGAGUUUCCGCAAGAUGGAGUGCAAGGAGAGAAUCUGCAGACACCCAAUAUUCAGUCUUCAGAAUCUGGAAAUAAGUUGAAUUCAGGAGAACAGGAACCAGUGCUUGAAAAGGAAGAUGUCCAUGAAAGAAACUUCCGACAUACCAGUGACACCUUGACAAAAAUGAAAAGUAAUCAGCCUACUCUUUCUACAAAAGAAAGUCAACUUUCUGCAAGUGGAGACAUGACUAAAUUACCAGAUGUUAGCAUGACAUAUGCCUCUUCUAGGUUUUCAGAUUCCGGUGUAGAAAGUGAACCAAGUUCUUUUGCAACUCACCCCAACCCUGAUCAGGUUUUUGAAAAUGUUCAAGGGCAAAGUGCAUACAAUGGUGAAAGAGUAUUUCCUCAGCUUUUACUAAAACCGGACUGUGCUAUAAAAAAUGCAAUAGAAAGCCACUGCACUGAGAGUACCAGCGCUGUAAGUGAAAUACAGUCAUCCCUGACAUCCAUAAAUUCUCUGCCUUCAGAUGAUGAUGAGUUGUCACCUGAUGAGAAUUCAAAGAUAUCUAUUGUACCUGAAUGCCAGCUAAGUGACAGUAAAACGGUAUUGGAUCUUGGAGCAAUUGACUUGCCAAAAUGUAAUGACAGUAAAAAAUCAAACACCACUUUGCAGCAACAGUGUGUUAUAUUUUCAGGGCACUUGGAUAACAAAACUCUGUCUAUACAUUCCUCGCUCUCAGGAACAAAAGAUCUUUUACACUUAGUUGUUUCAGAUGAGGAUACGUCUACUGAUGUGAAAAGUUACAGCCCACAGGCAGGCCUUGGCACAACCUGCAAGGACUCUCAGGACCUUGAAAGGCAUCUUAACACUACAGAAGAAACAGUUAAAUUGCGUUUGGAAAUUGCUUGUGUGGGUGAGCCAUCUGCUGUUUCAGGUUCUUCAUCUGUAAAUGCAGUGUAUGAGGUUGAAAAAACAAAUGAAGGAAAACAUAAUGAGCCUUUAGAACUAAAGGAGACAACUGAAGAACUGUCAGUAGCUAAAAGUGAAACUGGUACAGAUAAUCCUUCCCCAACGAGUAGUACUGACAUGGUAAAGCAAGGGCUUGUCGAAAACUAUUUUGGCUCUCGAAGCAGCACAGAUAUUUCAGAUAUUUGGCCUAUGGACAACAGCAAUCCUGUUAGCCCUCAAAGGGAAACAUAUGAAAAACAAAUUAUUUGCUCUUCCCAGCAAGAUGAGGAAGAAGAGGAGGAUCAAGAAAUGAUUGAAAACGGGUAUUAUGAAGAAACAGACUAUAGUAUAUUGGAUGGAGCUUCCAGUGCUGACCAGGAUCACGGCUCAGCAGAAGAGAGAGCCCUGAGAUCUGAAAGGAUUGAUAGUGGGCAUCUGCGAGACGGAAUGACUAUGCCUCCUGUCUGUACUCCUGGUUGUCUGUCUUUUCCUUCUUCUCUGAGAGACUCUCCUUGCAAUGUUAUCUGUUCUUCAAGGAAUAAAUAUGAUGCAAUUACACAACAGCCAGGCAGCACAUCCUACAGCUCAUCUUCAUCUGUUUCCUGGUAUGAAAGCUCCCCAAAACCUCAAAUGUUAGCUUUCCUACAGGCUAAAGAAGAAUUGAAGCAACUUAAACUUCCUGGAUUUAUGUAUAGUGAUGUUUUCAAACUGGCUUCUUCAAUACCUUAUUUCAGUAUGGAAGAGGAUGACUGUUCAGAAGAAGGAAUACAUCUUAUAGUCUGCGUUCAUGGCCUAGAUGGUAACAGCGCAGAUCUAAGAUUAGUGAAGACUUACAUUGAGCUAGGGCUGCCUGGAGGGAGAAUAGAUUUUCUUAUGUCCGAAAGGAAUCAGAAUGAUACCUUUGCUGAUUUUGAUUCCAUGACAGAUCGCCUUUUAGAUGAAAUUAUACAGUAUAUACAAAUUUAUAAUCUAACCCUUUCAAAAAUCAGCUUUAUUGGACACUCACUGGGUAAUUUAAUAAUCCGUUCAGUGCUUACGAGACCUCGAUUUAAAUAUUACCUCAACAAACUUCAUACCUUCCUGUCUCUGUCUGGACCACAUCUUGGUACCCUCUACAACAGCAGUGCUCUUGUUAAUACAGGACUGUGGUUUAUGCAGAAAUGGAAGAAGUCUGGUUCUUUAUUGCAGUUGACAUGUCGAGACCAUUCGGAUCCACGACAAACAUUCUUAUACAAACUUAGUAAAAAAGCAGGUCUUCAUUACUUCAAAAACAUUGUGUUAGUAGGAUCUCUGCAGGAUCGUUACGUUCCUUAUCACUCCGCUCGCAUUGAGAUGUGUAAAACAGCUUUAAAGGAUAAACAAUCAGGACCAAUUUAUGCUGAAAUGAUCCAGAACCUGCUUCUGCCAGUUCUUCAAAAUAAGGAAUGUAAUUUGGUUCGUUAUAAUGUAAUUAAUGCAUUACCCAAUACAGCAGAUUCUCUCAUCGGGAGAGCUGCACACAUUGCUGUUCUUGAUUCAGAAAUAUUUUUAGAAAAAUUCUUUCUUGUUGCUGCCCUAAAAUAUUUUCAGUAGAGAAAAGCAUUGUAAGAGACUUGGUUAUUACCUCAUUAACAGAAGAAUCAAAUAAUGUGUGGUAUUAAAGUAUAGCUGCAGCUGUAUUUUAAGAGAUAUUUAUACUUUUUAUAUGGAAGAUAAUUUAUAUCAUCCACACUUAGGGCUUUUUAACAUCAACUUUACUUUCUAGGUAAUGUGGCUGUGCAAUAUUUUUUUAUUUUGUUCUUUUUACUUUUCUAUUACUUUUUCUUAAUUUUGGGUACCUAAUUAUUUGGAGAUUAAAGCACAGUGCGUACUUUUGGUUCGUUUAUUAUUGACUCUUAGACUACAGAAGUCAAUGUUACUUGGUUACAUUUUAAAAGAGGCUUUAGAUGCCAAAAUAAAUUGGAUUUUAAAAUUCUAAUAAGGUCUUACAUGUUCAGUUGUCGUAUUUUAGCACUGUAGGAAGUUUAACUGGAAACACAAAGAGCUGCUAAAAUACUGGAUAUGUGGAAAUUACUCUAUCUGUGGGUCUCACAAAGACCGUUACCGAGUUGUCUGUUCUACAGCUUAAGAGUUUUUUACAAAAUCAUUAUCAUCAUUGUUAAAUAUGUUAUGCCUGUGGGAAUAUAUUUUCUACUGAUCUCAAAAACAUGUUAGUUUACAUACUCAAUUUUAUUACUGGAACUUUAGUUUUCAGAAGCAAAUGGCAACUAAGGAUUUUUGAAUGUUUAAUGAUAGCUGCCUUCAAAUAAUUGGGGUUUUGCAAACUGUAUUAAAAUUGCUCCUUACUCUGUCAGUUCUUCAGAUGAACGUGGACAGUUUUACAUGGACUUCCUUGUACUGUUACAGUAGUUGGCCAGUGGCUGAAUUUUGAAUAUCAGUUUAGGGAGUAGAUCACAUCCAGUUAAGGAGGCUUGAAUUUGGUUUGUGCUUUGAGGAAAACAGAUGGUGCAGGAAAUCACGUGAUAUUUGCAUAGUCAUCGCUGCUUUGCAGCUCUCUGAGGAGCACCAGCUCUAAGACGGGAGGAAGAUCUGAACCUGCUAAGCAGUCACUUAAGAAACCGAAGUUACCAGUAGGUCGAUUUGAUGAACCAGAGGAGUCCAGCAUAGAGAGGGAACCCCUGGAAAACCACAGUGGGACCAGAAAACAUGACAUUGGUUUGUUAUCCCUCAGCAGAGGAAAGAACAAUUGCUCCUGGUCUUUGGGAGAAAACUUGCUUCAUCAUCUGCUGAUUGCUGGGAAAGAAAUGGCAAGGAGACAAAUCCCUCCCUCAAAGACUUGCAGCGCAUACUGGAACUCUGCAUGGGAGUAAAGCCUGAAAAUAGACCAUCCUUCUGCACUUGAAAGGCCCUAGAAUAAUCUGACAGACAAGUGACAUUAAAGAACACAAAAUGAAGAUUCAGAAGAAAGAAAUGAGUUAUGGAAAGUAGAUCUUGAUCUUGCAGUCAAACAAAUGGACAUUGUGUAGAUUGUUUUUAGAAAUGAGACAUAGGAUUUGUCUUGGAGUCUCUAACAGUCUUUUUUAUUACUACAAACUGUUUUUAAAUCUGUGCUGUGAUUUUUAUAUGAUUAAUCUUUUCCUUUUUCAUCUCUGUAACUUCUGCACCCAUUAACUAGCUGGACUUUUUGUUCUAUAACCUUCUCCUUUUACUUCCUAAGUAAAAAGAUUGUUUCAUAUUCAGUAAAUUAAACACAUGGCUUUCAACGUACGUCUCAGGACAGUACACUUUUCUUCAAGAAAAAGAAAUACGGUUUCCAGAUAAAACAUCAGAAUGAAAUAAACACAGAAACAAUGUGCCUUUGGGGAGUACGAAAACACUCCAGGGCUGAUUAUAUUUGCCAGAAUGUUGAACAUGGACUCAUCAUAUUGAUUAAGUCUGUCAUAACAGCAAAUCAUUAAGCCAUAAAAGAGAAAAUUCAAUAUACUUUCUAGAGUGAGAAGUCUAUUUUUAAAUAAUCAAAAUAAUAUUGCUUUUAGAAAAUCCCCGUUGCUUUACUGUACUAGUAUUUUGAGCAGGACUUUGAUGUCAAAGAUGCUAUAGUAAUAAAAGCACAGACACUGCAA